ACAUGGACAUCUCCAGGCCCGCACGACCGAUUUGCUACAUCCCCGAUUGGUCACGUGAUGAUUCGGAUCGGGUCCAAUGUUGACCCCUCACGGCUUAUCAUUGUUGAAAAAAAUGUUCAUGCAGUGAAGAGUCGGGUUUGGGAGGGUAUUAUGCCAGUUAGCAGGGAGAUGUGGCGGAGGAAGAGGCUUGGAGAUGUAGAAAUGCACGGGUUUGCGUGUCGGCAGUUAGCGAGUGUAGUUGAGGUGUUUGGGUAUUUGCAAGUGGAGAGAGUGAAGAAUGGGUUAGUGGAGACUGUGAGGUUGAUUCAGGGGCAUUUGCGGGAUUUCGAUGGCUGUUUUAACAGACUGGAGGAAAGGAAAGGGAUGCAAGAGGUGAGCACGGCAAAGCUGUGGGAGGAAUAUAUCACCGCGCUUUUCACAGAAAUGACGACACGAGCCCACGCAUGGAUCAUCUCUCAUGUCAACACACUCCGAAGCCGCGACUACGAAAUCCUACGUACGCUCCCAGCUGCCGCUCCCUCGGUAUACGGCUGCACGGAUACCCAGAUGACAGUCCUAAACCGCAUCCAGGACCUCACGGAAAUCGCUGCACACGCUGACUAUACUAUAUUUAUUUCCCUUCCCCUCUCAUCCCCUCCUUGCUCAAUCCCCAAACCGCCGUUUGCACAGAGGAGACAAAGGUACAGCCAAACGCUGCGACUACGCUCGCGAGAGAGAGCAGUGCGAGCUAUGCUCGUGGGGCUUGAAUCAAGAUUUGGGCUUUCGCCGGCGUCGCCUGGUCCAGAAAGUCUAUUAGAUACGUGUCAGGUUCAAAAAGUUGCGCAGGAUGAAGUAAGAAGGGAGUUGAGAGGUGAGGGAAAGAGGUUGGGGCCGGCGCGGUGGAUUAUGGAUGUUAGGGAUGCAAGUGGAGGGGCAGGAGGGGGGAGAAAGAACGGUGAUAGGUGGGGGUUUGUUGUAUAUCGGCUGACGUAUGGGCAGGAGGAGAAGGAGUGGGAGGAUUUUGUGAAAUUGCUGGAGAAGGAUUUGAGGGAUUGGGGGGAGGAGAUUGAGGGGUUUGAAAAUGUGAAGGCGAACGCGAGGUUGCAUUGGUACGAUGGACGGGAUCUCGGGAUUGCAGAGGGUGAUGUUGAUGCUGCGAAAACACACUUCAAUGGCGUCAAAAGAAAGGAACAGGGACCAAGCGACCAGCCCGAGGCCCAAUGGUGGGCUUCCUCUGUCUUCCUCGCCGUUGACACCCCUAGCUACACUUCCUACACGCAACCCUACCCGCUCUCGUCUCUCUUGUGCCCCGGAGAUACAGGCGGGUUUGUUCUCGCCAUCGACGCUUCCUUUACCCCUCCCUCCGCAGAUACCCCACCCGACCCGCACGCCGAGGAAUCCCCCCAUUACCCCGGCCAAUUCCGGAUUCUAGGCUGUCUCGUAUUUGGGGAUUUAUUCCCGUUACUGUCGGCCCAGGCACAGUUUCUUGAAGAUCUUUGGCCGCUAGCUAUGUGGCAUCCGGAGUUGGUGUAUGUAGGUCCUACGGUGAAGAAGCAGGUUGAGAUGUGGAAGAGGGUUUGGGAGGUGAAGGUUAGGGUGUUAGAUUUGGUGGCGGGGAUUGUGAAGUCUGGGAAAGCAGCGGUGAAGGAAGGGGAGGUGUGA